AUGUCUGAAUCGGACGAGGAUGCCCCCUGGCGCAUAGGUCCACCGCCUCCACCGGCAAGCGGACCAGAAAGCGGACCGAGACCACCAGCAGGGCCACCACCGCCGAGAACAAUUCAGAGCUGGAUGGGGCUCUCCCACGCCUACUCGCAGGCCGUGGCAGGGGUUUUGAACACCCAUUACGCCUCUCACUUCCGCGGCACCAUCCUGCCCUACUUGCCACCAGAGCUGCAGACGCCGUACGUGGGACUUCGGGACAUAGUCGUCUCCAUCCGGCCUCUACGACCACAUGAACGAGACCACCCCCUGAUUCUCCACAUCCAGGACGACGAGGAAGCUCAUGAGACGAUGGAGGGCGCGGACGAGGAGACGGACACGGCCACGGGUUCCGGAGGAGCUGAUGGCAGUGUGAAUGCCAACCUGCAUCAUGUGAGCUCGAUCAACCCGGACGAGACCGCGGCAGAAGGCACGGAUGAGACGGACGAGGGCCCUGCCUACUACUACGAGGACACCAUGAUGCCGAUCUCGGGCGAUGAAGGUGCAGCUCCCCACUCGACCACGGGGAGAUCGCCCGGCUCAGGGCGGGGCUCGGCACCGACGAACAAGGCCAAGGCCAAGGCCAAGUCCAGUCGGCGACAGACCCCGGACUAA